AUGAUUAUGUUUCCUCAUUUGGGGAAGAUUUCUCUGGUUAUUUUGAUAUUUGUCGUGAUAGAAGGAAACCUUCCAUCAUUAACAGCACAAACGUACAUAUCUUUAGAAGAUAUCCAGGAACCCAAGAGUGCAGUUUCUUUUCUCCUGACUGACUCAGAAUCCAGAGAGCCUUCUUUUUCUACUGAAAAGAAACUACCUCUGGACCACAGAGAAGCUGAGAAACAGUGGUUGCUCAGAAGAAGGCGAUCUAUUCUGUUUCCUAAUGGUGUAAAAACCUGCCCAGAUGAAAGUGUUACAGAGGCUGUGGCAAACCAUGUAAAGUACUUUAAAGUACGAGUGUGUCAGGAAGCUGUCUGGGAAGCCUUCAGGACGUUUUGGGAUCGACCUCCUGGCCGUGAGGAAUAUCAUUACUGGAUGAAUUUGUGUGAGGAUGGAAACACAACUAUAUUUGAAAUGGGCACAAAUUUUAGUCAGUCUGUGGAACAUAGAAAUUUAAUUAUGAAGAAAAUGACAUAUGCAGAGGAAACUGUAAGCAGCUUGGAAUUAUCAUCUCCAGUUCCUGUUGGUGAUACCCCAGCAUCAGGAGGUGCUGUUCUCAGUGUUCCAUAUCCAGGGGUGACCUCCUAUGAAGGUGCCUCAGAGAGCAGCAAGGAGAGUCCCGAGGAGAAUAUUAGCAAUGAAAUCGAGAAUGUCAUGGAAGAAACCACAAAACCAGCAACUGAGCAGAUUGCAGAAUUCAGUAUCCACCUCUUGGGAGAGCAAUACAGGGAAGAACUACAGGAUCCCGUUGAAAAUGCAUUUACUGGGUUACCAGGCUAUAAGGACAUCCGUGUACUUGACUUUAGAUCUCCCAAGGAAAAUGGCAGUGGUAUAGACGUUCACUAUGCAGUUACCUUCAAUGGUGAGGCCAUCAGCAAUACCACCUGGGACUUAAUUAGCCUUCAUUCCAACAAGGUGGAAAACCAUGGUCUUGUGGAAAUGAAUGAUAAGCCCACUGCUGUUUAUGCAAUUAGUAAUUUCAGAGAUUACAUUGCUGAGACACUGCACCAGAAUUUUUUGUUGGGGAAUUCCUCUUUGAAUCCAGAUCCUGACUCUCUCCAGCUUAUCAGUGUGAGAGGAGUUUUACUUCCUGAAACUGAAGCUGUAGUUUGGAACACCCAAAUUUCAAGUCUUCAGGCAACCGUACCAUCCAUUCUGGAUAAUACCCUUCAAGCUGAAUGGCCCUCAGCAGAUGAAUCCACCACCAGCAAUAUUUCACCACUUGAUUUCAGCUCUGGUCCUCCCUCAACCACUGGCAGGGAACUCUGGUCAGAAAGCCCUUUGGGUGAUUUAGUGUCUACACCUGAAUUAGCCUUUCCCUCGAAGGUGGGCCUCAGUACUUCCCCAGAGGUUUUAGAGGUUAGCAGCUUGACUCUUCAUUCUGUCACCCCAGCAGUGCUUCAGACUGGCUUGCCUGUGGUUUCUAAGGAAGGAACUUCUGGAUCUCACAUUUUAGAAGAUGGAUUAAUCAAAGUUGAAGAACCAGAAGAUAUUCUUUCUGUUCAUUCAUUGCCUUCAAGUCCACUCGCUCACCCAGUGCCAAAGGAAACGAUACCAUCUAUAGAAGACUAUGAAGUGUCUUUGACAUCCUCACCAUAUCUGGCCUCCUCUGUCACUUUAGAUCUUCUUGCUAAAGACAUAACGAUACCUUUUGGCUUGGACUCUUUGGCCUCCAAGGUCAAAGGCCAAUUAGAAGUGAGCCCUUUGCUGCCAGACACAUCCAUAGAAAAAGAGUUUAUAUUUGAGAGUGGUUUAGGUUCAGGGUCUGGGCAAAAGGUGGAUCUGAUUACUUGGCCAUGGAGCGAAACUUCAUUAGGGAAGAGUUCUGAACCACUGUCUAAGUCAUGGCUUGAAGAUCAGGAGUCGCUUAUGCCAACAGAGGGUAUAGAUGAGAAAUUAGUUAUAGAUGACAAAGUAGAUUCCAUAGGGCAAAGUACUGAGCAUUUAAAAUAUGGGCAUUAUGAUGAAGCCACACACUUUGCAAAGGAAGAGCUCAUUGGUGGAUCUACUGUGCCCAUCCUUGCAGAGACCACAACUCAAUCUGCAUCUCUAAUUCUCUCCAAACAAAUAUCAGAGGGACCUGACAUUGAUGAUUACUCAGUUACCAAAGCACCUCUUCUACUGACAGCUACAGCAAUCUCUGCUUCGGCUGGUAAACCAGAGCUACCCUUUCUAAAGGAGGAUAUAGAAAAAACUACAGGGUCAUCCAUCCGUGAAUGGUUUGACAGAAAGGUUUCAAUAACGAAGCCAGAUAUGCAACCUUUGGGGACCAUAUUGCCAGAAUCAGAUGUAGUCUGGGGAAGAACUUCUCUGGGGCAAUUGUCCAGAGAUGAAUUGGCAAGUACAGUACAGAGUACUGACAAGCUCUGGUUGAAAUCUUCCAUGACACAGUCUACCAAGUUGUCUCCAGCCACAAGCUCCACCCUGCUAGAAGAUGAAGUAAUUAUGGGUGUACAGGAUAUUUCAUUAGAACUGGACCGAAUAAGCACAGAUUACUAUCAGCCUGAGCUAAUCCCUGAGCAAAAUGGCAAGGUUGGUAGUUAUGUGGAAAUGUCUACAAAUAUUCACGCCACAGAGAGGACUAUUGUGGUGCAGCCCACAGAAGGAGGUGACUUGAGUCAUACCCAGACUGCAGGAGCUUUGGUGGUUUUCUUCAGCCUCCGAGUGACAAACAUGAUGUUUUCAGAAGACCUAUUUAAUAAAAACUCUUUGGAGUAUAGAGCACUGGAGCAAAGAUUUUUGGAACUGCUGGUUCCCUACCUUCAGUCAAAUCUCACAGGGUUCCAGAAUUUAGAAAUCCUGAACUUCAGAAACGGCAGUAUUGUGGUGAACAGCCGAAUGAAGUUUGUCAAGUCUGUCCCUCCUAAUGUCAACAAUGCUGUAUACAUGAUUCUGGAAGACUUCUGUACUACUGCCUACCAGACCAUGAACUUGGCUAUUGAUAAAUACUCUCUUGAUGUGGAAUCAGGUGAUCAAGCCAACCCUUGCAAGUUUCAGGCAUGCAAUGAAUUUUCUGAGUGUUUGGUCAACCCAUGGAGUGGAGAAGCAGAGUGCAGAUGUUAUCCUGGGUACCUGAGUGUGAAAGAACUACCCUGUCAAAGUCUCUGUGACCUGCAGCCUGACUUCUGCUUGAAUGACGGAAAGUGUGACAUUAUGCCUGGACAUGGGGCCAUUUGUAGAUGCCGGGUGGGUGAGAACUGGUGGUACCGAGGUGAGCACUGUGAGGAGUUUGUGUCUGAGCCCCUGGUAAUAGGCAUUACUGUCGCCACCGUGCUUGGAAUUGUCCUCGUCGUGUCUGGUCUUGUCUUCUUCUUCAUCAGGACGUUUCAGGCUAAUUAUGUUAGGAGAGAAAGAGAGAGGCCCAUCAGUGGUUCUAGCAGGCAGCCUGACAGCCUCUCAACAGUUGAAAAUGCUGUGAAGUACCCUACAUGUGAAAGCCAUGUGUCUGGACCAGAGCUGCAUGAGGGGCCCUAUCCUCAGCACCCCUUCUACAGCUCUGCAAGUGGAGAGAUGAUUGGUGGUCUGAGCAGGGAAGAAAUCAGGCAAAUGUAUGAGAACAGUGAGCUUUCCAAAGAGGAAAUUCAAGAAAGAAUGAGAAUUUUGGAGCUGUAUGCCAAUGAUCCUGAGUUUGUAGCUUUUGUGAGAGAACAUCAAAUGGAAGAGGAGCUUUAAUCAAAACUUUUAUUAUGAAACUGAUCAGAAGCCUGAGAAGAUGGAGAUCACUUGUUACCUAUCUCGUAUAAUUAAUGCUGAUUUUGACCUCUGUUGGAAGAAGAGUUUUCUACUUAAAAAAUUAAAUUUAGGGACCAACUUUUUUUCCAGCUAAAAAUUUCAGAAUGUAGUAAGAGAUGUGACAAUUUUUAUACCUACAAAGACCAAAAGCUGUAUUUAAAGGAACUCAAAACUGUAUGAGUCUGGGGAAAUACUCUACAAGAAAAACCUGGCGCUAGUAUUUGGGACUGAAUUCACUGUCUGCUUUGAAUCUCUAAAGGUGUGUCUUACUUUCAGAAAAGCUCAGGUUUUCCUGGAGGAAGAUGAGAGGCGACCAUUACAGGAGAAGGCAGGCUUAGUAAGUGAGUAUUUUGUAGCAUGUUUAUUAUUGUUAGGUGGAAUGAGAAGCCGUUGAAGCAGUUUUAAUAUGGUUUAUAGUCAGACACUCAUCUAAAGAAAAUGUAUUCAGUUUUUUUGGCAAUUAGACUACUGAUGAAAAAGCAAACUUUUUGUUGUGGUAUAGAUUUAGGCUUGUACUAUGGUUUCUAUGAGAGUUUUGAAUUUCCUGAGCAUGUGAAUCAAGACCACAUUAUGGUUAAGUAUGUCAAUAUCCUAUUUUUUUUAG